AUGCGAGUACUAGUCGCAGCCACUAUCAACGACCCGUCGGGCCCGUCGAUGGUCGACCUGGACCCCGACGGCGACGUUCAGUACGCCAUCCUCUCGCACACCUGGACCGGCAGCGAGGUCCUGUUCGCAGACAUCGUGAACGGCACGGGCGCCGAGAAGCCGUCGUUCCGGAAGGUGCGGUACACAUGCCUGCAGGCCAUCGCGGACGGGCUCGAGUACGUCUGGAUCGACUCGUGCUGCAUCGACAAGACCAGCAGCGCGGAGCUGUCCGAGGCCAUCAACUCCAUUUACGAGUGGUACCUCAAGGCCGCCGUGUGCUACGCGCACCUCGAGAGCGUGGCCCGGGACGCGAGGCCGGCGGACGCGGAGUCCGGCUUCGCGCGCUGCCGCUGGUUCACGCGGGGCUGGACGCUGCAGGAGCUGCUGGCGCCGGCGGACCUGGUCUUCUACUCGGACGACUGGGCCCGGCUCGGGGAGAAGGCGACGCUGAGCCGGCCCAUCGCCGCCAUCACGGGCAUCGACGAGGCCAUCCUCACGGGCCGCCGGCCGCUGCGGUCGGCGAGCGUGGCCAAGCGCAUGUCGUGGGCGGCGCAGCGCCGCACGACGCGGCCCGAGGACGCGGCCUACUGCCUCAUGGGCGUCUUCGGCGUCAACAUGCCCAUGCUCUACGGCGAAGGCGGGCGGGCCGCCUUCCUGCGCCUCCAGGAGGAGGUCAUGAAGCACUCGGACGACCAGUCGCUCUUCGCGUGGGUCGACGCCGACGCCUCCCCCGGCGCGCAGCACGGCCUGCUCGCCCCGUCGCCCGGCGCCUUCGUCUACUCCAACUCGGUCAUCCCCUACCAGGACUGGGACCCGCGCCCGCCCUACUCCAUGACCAACCGCGGCCUGUGCAUCGACCUGCCGCUCAGCCGCCUCGAGCAGCAGCGGGAUGAUGGCGGCGGCGGCAACGGCGACAAUGGCGACGGCGACGACGUCUACGUCGCGGCGCUCGACUGCCCCGCGCCCCCGGACUACGAGGACUCGACCUUCCUGGCCGUCUACCUCCGCAAGCUGUCGGCCGGCAGCGACCAGCAGUACGCGCGCGUGCGCGCGGCCCAGUUCGCCAAGGUCAGCCGGCGCGGCGCCCUGCAGCGCGUCUACGUGCGGCAGGACCCGACGGCCCGCGCCGCCGAGACCGAGGGCGUGUUCCCGCACCACGUCCUGCAGCUGCGCGCCGGCCCCCCCGCGGCGAUGUACCGCCUCGUGGGGACCUUUGUGCCUCCCGCGCCCGACGACGACGGGGAGGGGGACGGGAAGGACGGGAAGGACGGGGAGGCAGUAGCAGCAGCCGCAGCAGCAGCAGCGAAGAAGCUGCCGGUCCCGCCGACGCCUCUCCCCAUCAUGUCGAGCAGGGCGGCGGCGGCGUCGCGGGGCUGGAUCUCGGGCCUGACGCGGACGACCUUUCUCGCGCGCAAGGCGAGCGGGCUGCUGGCCGUCGGGCUGCUGCUGCUCCGGGCGGACGGCGAGCGGCUCGUCGUGCUCCUCGGGUCGGCGGGCAAGUUCGAGGUCGGCUUCGACGCGGUCGAGCUGCCGCCGGUGUACGUCUCCGGCAGCGACGACGGCAACAAGAACAACAACAAGAACAACAGCAACAACCCUCGCAUACACACACAGGGGCUCGGCUUCGAGGACCUGCAGAGGAGGUUCUCGCCGAGGCCGCCGGGCCGGCAGCUCGAGCUCCUGUGCCACCGCGUCGACGUGGCCGUGUUGCCGAUGGUGCACGGCUCCGGCAAGUACUACAUGAUCGACCUGGACGUGCAGGCAUGUGGAAGCUCGUCGGUCACGCGGGAAGUAGUGGACGGCCUCGUGGACGCGUACCAGAGCGCGACGGGCAAGAAGAGCCAGAGUGAAGCCAGGGGUACUUCUAUAUGGCGGAGAUUGAUCAAUCAUUAG